AUGGCUUCUCAGUCUGAUGUAUGUGCCCCAUCCAGGAUUUAUAAUAUCAAGACUAGUGAAGAUCAUGAUGAUACAGAGAUCAUAACAGAUACAGAAGGAGCUGAGAUAAUAGUAAUUGGAGAAAAAGUGAAAUCAUUGCCUUAUGUGAUAUCAACGCUAAUGGCAGCCAAGAUGUUGUCAAAAGGCUGCAUAACUUUUGUAGCAAAUGUGAUUAAUACCCGGGCAUCUGAAGCUCGACUUGAGGAUAUUACAAUAGUUUGGGAAUUUCCAGAUGUAUUUCCUGAUGAGUUACAUGGAUUACCUCCUAAUCGAGAAAUAAAGUUUAAGAUUGACAACUUUUCGGGUACCACGUCUAUUUCGAUGGCUCCAAUCGAGAUCAGAGAGUUAAAGAAAGACGAAUCAAUGCGGCUAUGUAUAGAUUAUCGUCAGUUGAAUAAAGUGACGGACAAUAACAAAUACCCUCUUUUGAGGAUCGAUAAUCUAUUUGAUCAACUCAAGGGUGCUUCAUUAAUUUCAAAGAUUGAUCUUCGGUCUGGAUAUCAUCAGUUAAAGAUUAAAGAAUAA